AUGAACAAUAAAAGGAAGAAUAGGAAAAGUGAGAUCUGGAAGCAAAGACCCAGGCCGUAUUUCACUAAAUGGGAGGAGCGUUGUUUGAGGAAGGCACAACAGAAAGAGCAGAAACCAGAAUGGAAGGCCGAGCAGAGUAAGCAAAAACUCUGGCCCCACCUAAAGAGGUUAGCCACAGCAGUGGGGAAACUUUAUGAGCAGGGACUUUGUAGACAACAAGGGCUGUGUCUGUGGAUCCCAUUCCAGGAUGCUGCUAAUUCUCUCACCAGUCUUUACAAAGAAAGUAUGGAUGCUCAUCAACAAUGCUUUGGCUUAGGAUCUGAAAUAGGACAUCAAAGGCUCAAUAAAGAACUGUUAGCCUGGGUAAAUCAAUGUCAACCUACUAUUAUGAAAGAAGAUUUAAUAAGAGUUCUACUUGAAAAAGUACCAUCUCCAAGGAGCUCACAUGAUCCACCACAUAUGGCUGAUGAAUCAUCCGUAGCAGCAUCUCUCCACGGUUUAUUAAAUGGCAGAAUGGCAAGCAUGAGUACUCACGCAACCAUCCCAGCAUCUUGCAGCAGGUUGCGAAAGCGCACCUUGGCACAGUGCUGCGAUCUAUUUACAGAUUCACCACCCUGUAAACGAAACAGACUGAUUUUACUACAUUUCAACUGUUUUUAG